CGGCUGUUCCUGAGCACUUGCACUCGCACAGGCGUCAAUGGAUUCGCCCCUCGUCGCGCAACUCUUUCGCCAGCUCUUCUCGCACCGAGCCUCGCAAUGUCUUGCCCGCGGAGCUCGACCUGCCCUCGCGGCUGCCCGCGCUCCGCAAACCCAACGUCGGGGGAAGACGACACGGAUGCCUGCCGGGGAGACAACAAGGGAGAGCAGGUGGACGCCCCGAAAGAACGCAUUCCCACAUGAGAGGACGGAGGAGUUCGACAAGUACCCCAUGGUCACGUCGGACAUGCUGCGGACGCGGAAGCAGAGGCCGCGCAGAGUGAAGAUGCUGAUGCGGGACUUUAUCGAGGACAGCCUCUACAACCCAAGCUAUGGCUACUUCUCCAAGCAAGUCGUCAUCUUCUCCCCCGGCGACCCUUUCAACUUCAACGAAAUGUCCUCGGAGCACGAGUUCUUCCAGCAGCUGCGGCACCGCUACACCGAGUUCGAGGAUGCGCUCGACUACCAGGAACCCAAUGAGCUGCGCCAGCUCUGGCACACGCCCACCGAGCUCUUCUCGCCCUACUACGGAGAAGCUAUUGCGCGGUACCUUGUGGAGGACUAUAAAUACAACUUCUACCCGUACCACGAUCUCAACAUCUACGAGAUGGGCGCUGGAAACGGAACGAUGAUGCUGAAUAUUCUGGACUACAUAAGAGAUGUGCAUCCAGACGUAUAUGUGUACACGAAAUUCAAGAUCAUCGAAAUUUCCAGUCAGCUAGCGAACCUGCAGCAACAAGGACUAGGCCACUCAGCAUAUGCAAGAGGACACUCAGACAAGGUAGAGAUUGUCAACCAAUCCAUCUUCGACUGGAACACCUACGUCUCCUCACCCUGCUACUUCCUCGCCCUAGAAGUCUUCGACAACUUCGCGCACGACGCGUUGAAAUACGACGUCGAGACCGGCGCCCCAUACCAGUCCCACGUCGUCGUCGAUCCCCGCGGCGAGCUAUUCGAGUACUACUCCCGCACACUCGACCCCGUCGCAACCCAGUUCCUCAACACCCGCCACGCAGCUUGUCCUUCCUACCCGCACCCCCUCCAGGGAUCGCGCAUGAUGCAAAACCUGCGCAGUCUGGUCCCGUUCAGGGGGAAUCUGAGCACGCCGGAAUACAUACCCACGCGCCUGAUGCAGUUCUUCAACAUCCUGUACUCGAAGUUUCCAAACCACAAACUGAUCAGCAGCGACUUUAACAAGUUGGGCGACGCGGUCGAGGGGCUUAAUGCGCCUGUUGUGCAGACACGGUAUAAGAGGGAGAUGAUUCCUGUUUCUACGCCGCUUGUCCACCAGGGAUAUUUUGACAUCCUCUUCCCCACCGAUUUUGACGUCGUCGAGCCCAUGUAUACGGCCAUCACGGGCCGGUUUGCGCGCACAUACUCGCACGAGGAUUUUAUGGCCGGCAGGGCGGAUCUCGAGGAGACGAGUGCGAAGAACGGGGACAAUCCGCUGUUGAGUUGGUAUAAGAAUGCGAGUGUGAUGAUUACGGUGUAGAUGGAUCCAAUGAACUUAUUGGAAAGUAUAUAUGAAUAAACCUUCGUACAACGUAACCACUAUGUUUGAUGAGAAAAAGUUCUAUACAUGUCGAUGAUGGGGACAUGGGAUAUCUGUUAUGAAAGAAACACGUCCAAUGCCAUGCUGAACUCCAAGCUUUCCGUAGUGACUACUCUUACACGUCGCUUUUGACCCAUUUCAACCCUCGACCACAGCAAACACAUCUCACCUCCUAAACAACCCACUAAUCAU